AAAAAGGUGCUGGAUCACCGGUCUCGUGUUCAAAUCUCGUUUAUUGGCUGGCUCAGACAAGCAGGUGAGAUGGGAUGGUGGCCCGAGCGUUAGGGUUUACGAAGCCCAGGCUGUGGCGAUCCGAGGAUCAACAAUAAAGGGUUUCGGGUUCGACCGAGGUCGAUUGAUCGGGAGAGCAUCGGGGAAGAGAUAGAGGUAUCGAGAGAGAGGGAGGGAGAGAGCGAGAUAAAGAGAGAGGCAUCGGGUAAGAAGGUUUGUGUUCGCCGAGAAGCCAUGAAUUUCACGCCGAUCUUUUUGUCUUUCGUUGAUCUCUCUCUUUUUCGCUCUAAAAAUGGAGUUUCUCCCCUUACCCGUCCAAGAGGAAAAGGAAAAAAUGUGAAAGAGGAAAGGGAAGGGUUCGAUCCAGGAAGUCUUUAUUGUGCUAUGAGCUGUUGGUGUUCCUUGUUUUUCUGAUAUGUUGCAUUUAUGUGUGUGGGUGAGUGCGAUUCAUUGAGUGUGAGAAGAGGGUUUUUGGUAUGUGCAGGGAGAGAAGGUUGAGAGCGUGAGAGGUGAGGAAAAGGAGAUCCGAUUCUAGGAUUAUAUUGUGUUUUUGUUAACACCAUCCUAGGGAAAGAACCGUCGAUCCAGAUGGAUAGAAAGCUGGUGGUGCUGGGUAUUCCUUGGGAUGUCGAUACCGAGGGGUUAAGGCAGUAUAUGAGCAAGUUUGGAGAGAUCGAAGAUGCUAUCGUAAUGAAGGAAAGGUCGACAGGCCGAUCUCGUGGUUUUGGUUAUGUAACAUUUGCAUCAGAAGAAGAUGCCAAGAAUGCUCUUGAAAGUGAACAUAUUCUUGGAGGCAGGGUCUUGGAGGUGAAAAUUGCAACUCCAAAGGAAGAAAUGAGGUCAUCUUUAAAGAGGGCUACUCGGAUAUUUGUUGCCAGAAUUCCACAUUCUGUUACAGAGGAGAUGUUUAGAAGUUACUUCGAGAAAUAUGGUGAGAUAACUGACUUAUACAUGCCUAAGGAUCAAGUGUCAAAAGGACAUCGUGGGAUUGGCUUUAUCACUUUCCAAACUGCAGAAUCAGUUGAUACUCUCAUGACUGAAACUCAUGAGUUGGAAGGUUCAACAGUUGUCGUUGAUCGAGCAACACCAAAGGAAGAGGAGUUCAGGUAUCCCAGCAGAGUAAUGCAAGGUGGAUAUGGUGCAUAUAAUGCUUAUAUUACUGCAGCCACUCGGUAUGCAGCAUUAGGAGCCCCAACACUUUAUGAUAAUCCAGGUUCUUCAUUUGGAAGAGGCUUCUCUGGGUCAAGUCGAAUGGGGAAAAAGAUAUUUGUUGGAAGACUUCCGCAGGAGGCAAAUGCAGAAGAUUUGCGUGAAUAUUUUGGAAAAUUUGGCCGAAUUUUAGAUGUCUAUGUCCCAAAGGAUCCUAAGAGAACUGGACAUAGAGGGUUUGGUUUUGUUACUUUUGCAGAUGAUGGUGUAGCUGACCGUGUAGCCCGUCGAUCUCAUGAAAUUCAUGGACAACAGGUUGCUAUUGAUUCUGCUACACCACUGGACGAGGGAGGUGCAAGUAGUAGUUACAUGGCAGAAGCAAUGGAACAGAUGAGAGGAUAUGGUGGGCCAAUGCGUGGUUAUAGCCGACUUUAUGGCAAUGUAGAUUUCGAGGAUUGGGGGAGCUAUGUGACUGGUGGUGGUGGAGGCGUCCGUUCUUCUAGGAUGGAUUGGAGGUACAGGCCAUACUAAAUUAAUCAAGUGGAGUUUGGUUCUGUUGUUCUGGCUUCUGCAGAGUAAGACUAUGCCGUGAAACCAGCUCUCUUGCAAGUAAAUGUACCCAUGAAGCUGUGACGCAAGUUGAUCUAUUUAGUGGAAGUGAAAACUUGUAUGAAGUUUUUACUCUUAAUUCGAACUACUUUCAGCUUAUUUUCUGUUGUACUGAGUGGUUUGGAAACGUAUGUUAAUCUCUUGUGACUUGCCUCUC